UAUAGGAAUAUCUGAUUCAUUAAAACUGGUAAGACGCAGUUGUGUUUUGUUGUGACAUUUGAUCGUUGUUACUGUUGCGGAAACAAUGACGCUGCUAUGACGUAAUAAAAGCAACAACUAAUCAUGCCGCUGCACAUACCGAUAUCAAACAAGAGCAGGAAUAUUUCUUCUGCAACGCUCAAAAGCAGUAGCAGCACAAGUAAUAUUUCUUCGCUGUCGGUGAACAAGUCCUCCGCUUUCUUGGGCCCAGCACAGUGGCGAGUUACAGACGAAGACCAUUCGGGAAAGCUGCUAGCUGGUAUCAGAUGGCUGCAGAAAAUGGGCACGAUGUCGGACAUAACGUUCACGUAUCAAGACAAAACGAUCAAAGCAAACAGGGUCGUUCUAGCAGCUGUAAGCCCCGUAAUGCGAGAUGUUUUUGUUAAGAAAGAGAACCUUAUGAACGCCGAGGUGAUACCACCUGAAGCAUUACGGGAACUAGUCCACUUCGUUUACAGUGGAAGCACAGAAGUUACAUAUGACGUCAUUAAAAAGAUACACAGCGCCUCUCGUGUCCUUCAAGUUCCCUCCCUGCUAAGAAUGACGACCAAACUCUUGGAUCAAAUUCCACAUUGUACGGCCAAAGUUCCAACGAAUCCCCCCAAAACAACGAAUCGACCCAGACUUUCAAGGAUGGCAAAUUUUGACGACGAAUCUUUCGACGAACCACAGCAACAAAGCGAAGCCCCCCCUUUUAAACUAGGUGAAUCACCCACGGAAGACAGGACCAACGAGGAUGUGGCCAAUGAGCUGAAAAUCGACAGCGAAUUAUCGAAACGUAACUCGAUUCGACUGACAUUCCACAGUCGCUCCGGGACUCCCCUGAACCAAUCCGUAGAAGAUUUGCGCAGACUCUCGGACGCGUCAAGUACAGGCUCGGUAAAAAAGCUUGACGAUCCUCCAAGAAAAGAAACCAGGGCUCCGUCUCUUCCGGAAGUGAGGAUUCACAAAGCAGACGACUUAGGUGAGCAUGGGAGAACGAAAGGAAAGGAAAUGAAGUUGCUGAACGGAGAGAAACUUACACCGAAACGACUUCGGCAAAUUUCGAGUCGUUCCUUUGACGACGACUUGAUGGCUCGCCCAAGAUCAUCAAGUGAUCAGUUACAGCGUUAUCCUAUUUUACUCUCAGCGUUUAUAGAUGUUCCUCCAAGUCUUCCUCGCAUCUUCCCGUUACAGAAACUUAUAAAUUCGGAAGGUGGAAACGGCACUUGGCCUCGCGUAUUGAAAACCAGCCCCCAACGACCGUGCACCCCGGACCGUUGGAAACUCACAAAUUCAAACGAAUCUAUCAUUUCAAAAUCUUCAGCAACCGACAAGAGCAGUAAUAGCACGAUCAAAAGCAGACAAAACUCGCUACGAACUAGAAUCUGCAAAGACGUGCUUACAAUUCGUUUCUACAGCAAGACAGUGCCGGAAUUACUUAAAGGAUUGAACUCUCUAAGAGAGCAAGGCCGUUUCUGUGAUCUUAUUUUAACGGUUGGCAACUCAAAAAUUCGCUGCCACCGUGUUAUAAUGGCGGCCAGUAGUCCAAUAUUUCGAGCAAUCUUAGACAGAUUCUCAUCGAGUGAAAUAGCGCUCACUAAAGUUGAUGACGUAGCAAUGCUGGAGUUGGUGCGGUUCAUAUACACAGGGCAGUGCUCAAUCGACCGUGACAACGUAGUGAGCGUUCUGCGAGCUUCACGAAGAUUUAAAAUCCCGUUUGUUGCUGAGCAAUGUACUAACUACCUAGACCGACACUGUGGAGGGUUUAACAACUUCUUUUCUCCGGCCAACGUGCUGGUAGCUUACAAAAUGGCGGCGACAUACGGCUGUCCGAAACUGCGCGAAGAAAGCCGAAAGUUCGCGAUCUCGCACUUUUGGGAGGUGGCUGAAACAAAAGCAUUUAGGGAACUUACAUCACUGGAACUUAACCGACUCAUCAGCUCCGAGUCAUUGAAGACAGCCCGGUCACGUGAUCCCGACCUCGAGCAUCUUUUCUACAACGCCAUUUUGAACUGGCUCGUACACGCACCUACGUCACGAAUACCCAUUAUGACAUCACGAGUGAUGAAAUUUGUUCAGUUCUCGAAUUUAAAGAUCGGGGUGCUAAACAACCUCGUCUCUAAAGAAAUGGCUAUUGUUUUAGAAAAGAGCAUCCGAGAUCGUGUCGAGGAAGCAAUACGAACGAAAUCGAAUCUUCUUCCUCGAAGGAGUUCCUCCAUGAAACAACUCUCCUCUUUCAAGGUUUAUGUUGAUCAUCCUCCGGCUCCUGAGAGCAAGAUGCGAUGUCUUAUCACUCGGGAAGAAGAGAAAAGAAUGAAAACCUGGAUUUGCAGUCCGGAUCCAAACGAAAGUCGCUGGGAAACAAUGACGUCGUCACCCUUGACCGGUCGCGGUUACGCCGUGACGUCAUACGGUGGAGCGCUUUACGUCGCAGGAGGAAGUGACGCAAUAAAGAACAUCCGUACUUGCGCUGACGUUUACAAGUACGAAGACUCGAAGUGGAGUUUUGUGGCUGACAUGAGAUUACGGAGGUCGCAUUUCUCACUUAUACAAUUGGAAGGGGUGUUGUACGCGGUCGGUGGUUUAAAUGAAACUUUUGAUAAAGGUUCAGUCGAAUGUUGUCCUACUUCUUCCAUUGAGAUGUUGGACCUUAACCCUGAUAAUGGUCCCCGUAACUGGAAGUUGGUUGCUUCACUUAUCAGCCCAAGCUAUUACCAUGCCGCUACGUCAUGCGUGAUGACGUCAUCACGACGCGUUACGUCAUCGCUGUCGGACUUGGACAAGAGCGAAACGAGCAAAACCAAACCACCAGCAUCACCGAACAGGAAAAAGACGUUUGGACAUCGUUUGACUUCUGCUAUAACUGCUGGGUUUGAAGAAGCAAAACAUAAAACGCAGAGAAAUAAAUCUCCAAGACAUAAUACAGUUAAUGCGAAAAAAGUUAACCAAGAAAAAGAUAUCAGUAAAAGUUCACCAGCCCCCACCAAAGUUACCACUUCACGUAAAGUGAUCGUUGUCUGCGGAGGAAAGACCAACCCGAUGCAAUGUGUGAUGUUUGAUGUCGAGAAAAAUAAAUGUUCGUCUGGUUCUCUUCUACCAGUGCAGUGCACGAACCCAGUGAUGACGUCAUAUAAAUCGCGCGUUUUCGUCGUGUGUAAUGACGUCACUCAGAUGACGUCAUCAGGAUUCCGAUGUUUCGAAAACGACCUGAACUACGAUCGAUGGACCGAACUUUCCAAACCACUUUGUCUCGACCAAACAAAAUUCAUAAAGUUAAACAAUUUGCCUGCGGAAAAGAUUCCACUCUUCCAAAGUAAGAUGACUCUUUCGUGCACCAUUGAACAUAACUGCGUUUCCGUAACCAGCGUGAAAGGUGACGUCACCACCACGUAUCAAUAUGAUAUGACGUCAUCAAGAUGGAAAUCAAGUGCGAAGUCGAUUAAUUUUCGAAAAAAUAUCGAAUUUCCAAUAAAGGAUUUUCAUACUUUAUUUACAAGCAGUUAAAGUUUACCUGUUAUUACAAUUAUUUAUUUAUAACAUUCGUUUUAUUUAAAAAUAUAAAAUAAAAUAUAAAAUAAAAAAAUGUAUCUGAUUUAUUAUUAAAUGGCCGGUGUCGUGAUUGAUUUAUUCCGACCGUUGAAUUUGUACCCGGUCCAAAUUUACUACCCGCUCAGCUAAAAACGUUCCCCGACACGACGUUACAAUUAAGGUUCAAGUGUUAUAGUCAAAUAAUUUUACAAAAUGGGGCUUAUUUAAUAAUCAGAAACAGCAAUCUUUGGCAGCAAUCUUUUGAGUGGCAUUUUUUUAAGUAGAAGGGUAAUAGCAACCCCCCUCUCUUAUUAAAAUAAAUACACAGUAGUUGUUCCGCUGGGCAAGCAACAAACUCGGUACGUUAUAAUCUGUUUCCAUUCUCUUCAACGUUUACACCACUGUUCCCACUCUUACGGACUGUCGAAACAGCAUUUAUACUGUUUCGGAAUUUGGAGCGUGUGAGUCUGAGAAGAAAUCCACGCAAC